UUGCGUUAUAGUCACACGCUAACCACCACCGCAAAUAUAUGAGCAUUUUCAGGCCAUACGCGCGCGCCUGAAGAAGCUACACCAAUAAAAUUCGCACUGCUUAUAUUAUACACGAGAAAAGGCAAAACUGCAUGUAAAACAGAGUUAGCCAAUUAGAUUUGAGCGAACGGCAUAAAAUAUACAAUUAUAAACAGUUGCUUGUAGAAAAACGGAACUACGUGCAAGUUACACGAGACGAGAGAACAAGUGAGUGAAUAACAACAUCCGAACUAAAUUAAACCUGCCAAAAACCCGCAACUGUACCGAACUGAACUUUCUUCGGAGAUUUGGAGAUACAAAUUCGCAAUAUUUCACUGCCCGCCAAACUCGCUAUCUCAAGAUCGAAAUACUUCUCCAAAUAACGAACCAGUCGCUGUAACCUUCAGAGCGAAGAGAGAAGUUAGAAAAUGAGUGACCAAACUAAGGACUCCGAGAAACCACAGUCCAAGGACACUUCGUCCGGCAUGGCGACUGGGGCUGCGAACAACGAGACGAAUGAAAACGAGCGACUGACGGACAAUACGAAAGGCGAACAGGAGUUGCAGGCAGAGCACGAACACGACAAAACAAUGGCGUCGGAAGCCGCCAAACCCGAAGAUGGGAAAAUGACGAUGUGGCUGGUGUUAGCCGUUAUGGCCACCGUCCUUGGAUCCCCCACCCAGUUCGGCUACAACAUGGGGGUGAUCAAUGCCCCGGAAGCGACCAUUAGGGACUUCUACAAAUCAGUCUACAUGCAAGGGAAGGGGGAGAAGCUUACAGAGGCAGACAUGAACUUCAUCUGGAGUUGUACUGUGUCUGUGUAUGCUGUGGGGGGGAUGAUAGGCUCCGCUUCUGCGGGGUUCUUUGCCAAUUUACUCGGAAGAAAGAGGACACUUCUGUGCAAUAACUUCAUCGGAGCCCUGGGAGGCACCAUCAUGUUCUUCGCCAGAUAUGCGGGCCAAGACUCUUACCCGGCCCUGGUAUCCAGUAUGAUCAUCGGCAGAAUUGUAGUCGGAAUUAACGCUGGAGUGAACACGAUAGUAGCGCCAAUGUACGUGUCAGAGAUUGCACCCGUGAACUUGAGGGGCAGUCUGGGAGUGCUGUUCCAGUUCGGAGUGGUGCUCGCCCUCUUCUUCGCCCAGAUUCUCGGACUUCCACAGCUACUAGGAAAUGAGGAAUACUGGAACUACUUGUUGGGGCUGACAGUGGUACCAGCCACAUUCCAGAUCAUAGUACUCUCCGUCUGUCCGGAGAGUCCCAGAUACGAAUUGGUCAACAAGGGCAACAGAGAAAGCGCCAUGUCUGGACUGAGGAAGCUGCGAGCGAAGGAGGACGUGUCGAAGGAUAUCAAGUUCCUGGAGGAUGAGCACAAGUUGGAGUCGGCGGAAAAGAAGCUGGGUCGGAUGGAAUUAUUGACCGACUUCACGCUCAGAGAACCCUUGGUCAUUGCCCUCACGCUACAGGUUGCCCAGCAAUUGUCAGGUAUCAACGCUGUGAACUUCUAUUCGACGACAAUCUUCAGGCAGGCAGAGUUGUCAGAGCAGAGUUCCAGAAUUGCCACUGUGGGAACCGGAGCAUCCCAACUGCUCAUGAUCAUGCCAACGAUUUUCCUGAUGGACCGAGUGGGAAGACGAACCCUGAUGUUGUUCGGAACAGGGGGCAUGUGUGUCUGUUCCGGACUCGUAGUCCUCUUCACUCUCCUGUCCAAGACUGGAAACAGCAUCUUCAUGUGGUCCAACUUGGCAGCCGUGUUCGGUAUCAUGGGCUCAUUCUCAGUCGCGCCUGGACCGGUGCCCUGGCUCAUCACGGCCGAAUUGUUCACCACUGGACCCAGAGCGGCCGCUAUGAGUCUGGCAGGAGCCACUAAUUGGAUCAUGACGUUCCUGGUCGGAUUGGCCUUCGAGAGUGUCUUGCAUGUGUUGGGAGACUACACGUUCUUGGUGUUCAUGGGUCUGGACUACAUCUUCUGGCUGUUCAUCUUCAUGAAGGUGCCAGAGACCAAGGGAAGAACCGUCCAGGACAUCGUACAGAAGUUCCGAGAGAAGGCCUUCAAAGCUAACCCGAGAAAGGCGGCUCAAUACGAGCAAGACAAACAAGCCAGAGCUGUGACAGUGGGAGACCAGGCCAUCAAGAGUACAGACGCAUAAGGCGAAUAGCAGAAUACAUAGAGUACAAAAUAAUCAUCAUGUUACACUUCAUCAGAACUAGAAAUGGGAGGGGACCGAAACUGGAAUUAAAGCAAAACAGUCGAUACACUUAUGGAGAAAAGAUUACAAAAAAAACUAACUUCUGUGAAGGUUGAAACGCUAAAACUGCCGUCGUCAUGUAUUAACAUUGCCGAUAUCUCCUCCAUUCACUUAAAAUCAUGACAUCAAUUUUGGUGUAAAUUUGUAUCAACUGAUGUUAUAGACCUUAUGUCGUAGGAAUCUUUUGAAAGGGUUCUAAAUGUUGUUGCCUAUGUAUGUUUCUGCAUUUGUAAUGCAAUUGAAAAUGUAAAAUUAUUCCUCCCCUCCCCCUAACCUUCUCAGAUUCUGAAGAAGUUCACUAGUAAAUAGUAGACACUCUUUAGUUUAAUAUUUAGUUUGUUCUAUUGUUUUACGCGCCAGAAGUUCAUUUUUGGUCUUCUCUUAAGGUGCUUUUCAGUUCUGAUCUGUCGUUAAUAUUGCGUCUCAAUUUUACUUUCAAUCUUUCUAACCUUCACUUAAAUCGUAGUUGCCACUUUCGCAUUACUUUGUAUUUUGUCGUUGCUCUCAUUUCAAGAUAAAUUUGAAGAAGUGGUAUUUGCGGCCUAGGCUGGGAUUCGAACCGCCGCCAUCUUUCACCUGUACUGACAUGUUAAAUGAACUUAACAGGGCUGAAUUACCUCGAAAAGAUGUCAGCUAACACUACAUAUUUAGAAGGUAAUUCAGACUACAGAGUAGUUAAAUCGUUUUACCAUGCGUUGUGACCCUUUUUGGUGCUAAAGCCGAACUGAAUGGUUUGAACUGAAAUGCUGAGCAUUUGAACCUCAUCAGUAUCAAAAUGUUACUUACGUUGAUAAUGUUGGUGUGUUGGUUUCGCUAUUAUACAUCGCUUGUGUUCAGUGGUUGCAUAUUUAUAUUUACUUUUGUUUUAACAUCAUUGAAGCUCAACUAUAACCAAUCAAUAGUAAUAAGAAUGUAUGAACAAUUUGAAAUUGAAGAUUUCAUUUGGUAAA